AGGUAGCAGUCAAAUGCAAACCAUUUGUACCACCCAGGGACCUAGCAAAAACUAGAUCCACCCUCAGAAUAUCAUGGAUUAUAGCAAUCCUGGGACAAUUGGUGCUCAUUACAUCGCAUAUAAAACAGUGUAGUUUUUCUCGGUUAUAUAAUUUGAUAUCUAAGUUACACUAAGAGUUAAGUACUAGAUCCUUUCCCAGAUAACAAAAUGACCUAAAUAAACAGCGAAGGAAAUUACUGUUUACUGAGUUCAUAUUAAAUGCCAGAUGUUGCACUAGGAACUUCUUUUAUUAUCUUGUCUUUUCCAGUUGUCAUCUAUUCAAACUCAGGCAACCCCACGUGUGUCAGAGCAGAACUGUGCUCCAUAGGGUUUUCAAUGGGUGAUUUUUUUGGUCUUGUCUAAUCUUUAUAAAAACCCAGUCAGGCCUUUCUCCCUCCCGGGCCAUCUUGGCAGCUGCUCUUGGUUGGGAGCUGUCCCACGCUUAAAGCAGGAAGAUUAUGGCCACAAAGAACACGGAAAAGUCGUUGGAGUCUAUCAACUCUAGGCUCCAAAUCGUUAUGAAAAGUGGAAAUUACGUGCUGGGGUACAAGCAGUCUCUGAAGAUGAUCAGACAAGGCAAAGACAAACUGGGCAUGUUUGUCAACAACUGCCUAGCCUUGUGGAAAUCCGAAAUAAAGAGUACUACGCCGUGUCGGCCAAAACAUCACUACAAUGGCAAUAACAUUGAAUUGGGCACAGUGUGCAGAAGAUACUACAGAGUAUGCAUGCUGGCUAUCAUUGAUGCAGGUGAUUCCGAUAUCAUUAGAAGCAUGCCAGAACAGACUGGUGAAAAAUAAAUCAUGUUUAAUUGUUUUUUCCUUUAACAAAACUGGCCAGAGCUUGUUUUCAAAAAAAAAACCAGUCAGGUGUAGGUAUCAUUAUUUCUACUUUAUAGAGAGGAAACUGAGACUCAGAGUUAGGGGGCAAAGUAUAUGGCUGGUGUGUGGGGAGCUGUCUGACCCCAAAGCUCAUACAUUGCACCACUCUGCCCUUGUGCAAAAUGUAUCCAAACUUUAGAGGAAGCAUACCAUUCUUUCGGAGGUGAACAUUUUGUGCAGCUUUUCUAGAGCAGAAACAAAUACCAACCUGGCCUUUCAUAACCUUAAAGUCAUGUAAUAAAAAUCCAAGCGAACACUUCUUUCUGGGGCUUCUGUUUACUUUAUGUACAUGUUAUGUACUCAGUAAAUAGUUUUCUCUCAAGUGUUGGUUCUGUCCUAUUUUCAAGAGGCAAAUGCAUGGUCUAAGUCCUCUCUUUUUAUAUUUAUUAUGAUUAAUAUUGUUUUGCAAUGAUAUCUGCUUUUUCUCUGAGGAGUUCAAGGUACACUUUUCAGUUGAUCCAUAAAGGAAAACAAUUCCACAAGCCAUUUGUGCUUGAAUGUACUAUCUCAAGAAAAUACCCGUUUCCCAGAUCACAUAUAAUAGAUGAGUCUCUGUAGCACACUUGUUCUUGCUGAGUGUGGUGAAUAGUGUUUUGGGGGCCUGGAGAAACCCCAGCCUUGGCCUCACCCUCUGCCUUUACCAGGAAAUCACAGGGCCAACACCAAGUGGCCUGAGGCUGACCAGGCCGACCAUCCUCACGAUACCAUUGGAUGGUUCACUGACUGGAUUGUCCAUCAGCACCCUUGUUAGAAGUAUUGACUAUGGAUUGCCAAAGGAAAGUCCGUUGACUUCAUGGUUAAUUUUUGUCACGUGAAUAGAGAUGUUGUUCCAAGUCUUUUCUUCCCCCCUUACGUUUAAAACACGACACAUUAGACCUUUAAAUGUUUGCCAAGAGCCAUGAGUUUUAUUGGAGUGUUGAAUAAUCUGCUGAAUUUUUCAAUCUUAAACCCUUGGGAGUCACAAUAUAAAAAUUUAGAAUCUACUUAAAGUAACAAUCUCCUGGUGCUAUUACAGGUUUCAUUAGAGUCCAAACAAGAUCUACAGUUGCUCAUGUCGGCCACCCAAGAGACUGGGCUGAGGAAGUCCAGCGGUCUCCCGAGGAGCCUUUUAAUGGCUGUAUUCAAGGCUUAAACGGGGCAAAUGAGAUGUGUGCUGCCCUUGCAAGGCACGUGCUAAAAUGCCUCUCCUGUUCCUCCUGGCCACUCUCCAGGACCUCCCACAAGCCAUCUAGGGGGAGAUUGGCCUUUUUUUUUUUCGGAGAGAAUAUACACAGCAGAACAUACACCCAUUCAUCAGUUUAUACGUGUACAAUUCGGUAACAUUGGCUGUGUUCUUCACGUUGUGCCACCCUUCUCACUGUCUACCCACAUUGUUUCACCACCGCUGACUUAGGCUCUCUACCCCCUAAACUUCUCAUCUGUGCUUUAGACUUAUUGUUGACAGUUUGCCCUCAUAUAGAUAAUUCUGUAAAAGGGGACAGUACUCACAUCAAACAUUCUGUAUUAAUUUUGCUAAACAGUGAUUUAGUUUAAAGAUGACUUCGGGAUAUUUUCGAUUCAUGGUUUGAAGAUUUGAGAUCUGCGUUCUCACUAUGGG